AUGCACAGCCCACACCUCCACCUCAAUGUGACAGACGAAGCCUGCAAAGCAUGGAACCAAGCCAACCAGCAUGCAGUGAUUAUCAUCCCUCUCUACAUGGCAUUCUCCCUCAUGAAAAUGCAAGAGGCAAAGGAUCAUGCCUUCACCUUCAUCAAAAGAGCAUUCCUGGACUCAGCAGGAACACUUAGCACCAUACUGGCUGCCAAUGCAAUUGACGCCCAGGGAGAUGACCCCCUUCCCUGGGGCAUCAUGAUUGAUGGACUGACACUCUGCAAUGCUGCAACAAUCCUCUACCACCAAUUCUGGCUAUCCAAAGCAUUCAGCUUUGUAGUGCAUCCCACAUCUGAUUUCACCUCUGACUGGAUCAGGAACUGGGCAUGGACAGAGACCAAACAGCCAUCCUAA